GUAAUAUAUAUUUGUCUAGCAAGAGUCUGGGUUUCUUGGUAAAACAUGCAGACUUGUAACUUGUACAACAUGGCCGGCGAACUCACCACAGAGAAGAAGCUGAAUAAGUUAUUGGAGGAAGGCGCUAGCCGUCCAUCAAAUGCGCCACCAACCAAGCCAUUAAUACGAAGGGUUACGCAUACUCUGCGCGCGCGCUACGAUGAGAAGGAAAGCAACCGAUAUUACUUUGAACCAAUUUCUGUUGCGAUUGGUCCUCUCCACCAUGAAAGAGGACCUAAUAAAAGCUCGAGAUUCGAAAUAGCUGAGGAAUGCAAGCUACAACUGGCGGCGAUGUUCAUCAAAUAUGGUGGGAGUGGGGAGAGGAAGGAAGAUUUCUACAACAAUGUCAAGGAGGAGAUAGAUAGCUUGAGGAAGUGCUAUGACCCAAAAGAAGUAGAGAAUUGGAAUGAUGAGGAGUUGGCUUGGAUGUUCCUUGUGGAUCGCUGUGCAUUGUUGCAAUUCAUUUUCCUUGAUGUGAAGAAUAAGUGGGAGGAAUUCGAUGGUAAGAAUGACCGAGUCGCCUUUGCGAAGCUUGAUAUACUCUUACUUGAGAACCAACUGCCCUACCGACUCCUUGAGAUACUGAUAGACUCGUGCACUAGAGUCCCAAUUAAAGGAGGAGAAGCAAAUCCUCAGAAGGAAUUGAAGGAUUGCAUCACCGAAUUCAUUAGCAAGAGUUUCUUGAGUCCUUUCGAGCAGCAACCACUCCAAACUCAGGAUGAUUCUCCGAAUCAUACUCCUCAAGAGCAGCCACAACAACACCAAAUUCAGGUUGAUCCUCCUCAAGAGCAGCCACAACAACAUCAAAUUCAGGUUGAUCCUCCUCAGGAGCCUGCUCAUCUUCUGGAACUGUUGCGAAAAAGACUGAUAAACGUCAAAUCAGAGAAAGAAGAUAAUGGAAAACAGGAUAUUUGGAGGCACAUUUCGCAGCGUAAAGGAGUUGAAAGAAAAGGGUAUUGUUUUAAAGCGAGGGAAAAGCGUAGUGGUGUUAUCACAAAAAUUGAUUUCAACUACCGGUAUUUUUGCAUCCCAACCCUUACGCUUGCUCCCAUUUUGGUGGACGACACCACCAUGCCAAAGUUGCUGAACUUGAUAGCGUACGAGAUGUGUCCGGAUUUGAAAAACGAGUACGAGAUCACCUCGUACGUGUCAUUUCUUGACUCCUUGAUUGAUAGUGGAGAGGAUGUGAAGGAACUGAGAGAUGCAGGCGUGUUGCACAACGCACUAGGAAGCGAUCAAGCUGUAGCGGAGCUGUUCAACAAGAUCGGCGAGAACCUGGUGCCGAAUCUUGAGAUGUACACAGGCUUGAAAUAUCGUAUCCAAAAAUACUGCAACCGUAGAUGGGCCAAAGAUGCUCAAAUCUGGCACACCUAUUUCAGGAGUCCCUGGAGCAUCAUCGUCUUUGUCGGCGCUUUUGCUGGUCUUGUUAUGACGGGUAUGCAUACCAUUUUUCUUCUACUUUCAGUGCAAUCUGUUUAGAUAUCUUAUUCUCGGUAUGAAAAAUGACUAAAAUUCUCCCAUCACAUAAAAUUGAUCUCGUUGA